CCGUCAGUCACUCGCGAGCCGCCGCGCCGGACGCACGCGCCCCGCGCCCCCGACACACGCACGACACACGAAUUAAAAUCGCAUUACGUCGUGAAUUAACUCCGGCACCCGGUUAAGCCUAAAUAAUUGUUAUAUUGUAGUUAAUCUGUUGUAACGAUGCGAUGGACGUAGGUAAUUGAACUUUGAUUGGGGGGUUGUUUGGAUGUGGUUCGGUGGGAGUUGAGCGAUGGUGCGCGAUGGGCCUGAAGGCUUGUUGGCUGGUCCUGCUGUUGGUGACCGGCGGCAGUGUGCCCCAGCACCUGUACCACCACCAGUUCGCGGUGCAUGUGCCCGCGGGACCGGACGUCGUCGAUGACUUGGCUCAUCGACACGGAUUCCUCAAUCAUGGACAGAUUGGUCACCUAAAGAACUUUUUCCUACUGUCUCAUCCAAAUAUCAGCAAGCGGUCACCUAAUGCGAGCAUAGAUUACCAAAAUAGACUGAAGAAUGAUCCUCAGGUGAGAUGGGCGAUGCAGCAGCGCGAGGUGCGGCGCAGCAAGCGCGACCACCAGUGGAAGCCGCGCCACGCGAUGCGCUCCGCCCCGCCGCCCUUCCCCGACCCGCUGUUCAAGGAGCAGUGGUACUUGAACGGCGGCGCGGCGGACGGGCUGGACAUGAACGUGGGGCUGGCGUGGCGCCGCGGCUACUCCGGCAAGGGGGUCGUCGUCACCAUCCUCGAUGACGGCAUCCAGCCCAACCACCCCGACCUGGCGCAGAACUAUGACCCGGCGGCAUCGACCGACAUAAACGGCAAUGACACAGACCCCACGCCACAGGACAAUGGGGAUAAUAAACACGGUACCAGAUGUGCGGGCGAGGUGGCCGCGGUCGCCUACAACCGGUACUGCGGCGUCGGCAUAGCGUACAACGCUAGCAUUGGGGGAGUGAGGAUGUUAGACGGGCUAGUCAACGACGUAGUGGAAGCGCAAGCGUUGGCUUUCAAUCCACAUCACAUUGAUAUUUAUAGCGCGUCGUGGGGGCCCGAGGAUGAUGGGAAGACGGUGGAUGGGCCGGGGCCGCUGGCUAGGAGAGCCUUUAUUAAUGGAGUGACUAAUGGACGGGGAGGGAAAGGGUCAAUUUUUAUAUGGGCUUCCGGAAACGGUGGCAGACAUACGGAUUCGUGCAACUGUGAUGGAUACGCGAACAGUAUUUUUACUAUAUCAGUGUCGAGUGCCACUCAGGGCGGGUACAAGCCGUGGUAUUUAGAAGAGUGCUCUUCCACAAUAGCUUCAACUUACAGCUCUGGGACCCCAGGGAGGGAUAAGAGUGUAGCUACUGUAGAUAUGGAUGUACAGUUGAGACCAGAUCAUAUAUGCACUGUUGAUCACACCGGUACCUCGGCAUCCGCGCCGCUCGCCGCCGGCAUCUGUGCACUCGCGCUCGAGGCCAACUCACUGCUCACGUGGCGCGACAUGCAACAUCUCAUCGUCAUGACGUCCAGGUCACAACCUUUAGAAAAAGAAGAUGGAUGGAUCGUCAACGGAGUAAAAAGAAAAGUAAGUCACAAAUUCGGGUACGGCCUGAUGGAUGCGUCGCAAAUGGUCACCCUCGCCGAACAAUGGACCACCGUCCCUCCGCAACAUAUUUGCAAGUCACAAGAAAUAAACGAGGACAAGUCCAUUGAAACCUCGUUCGGCUACACUAUAUCUGUGCACAUGGACGUCAACGGAUGUAGCGGCACCGUAAAUGAGGUCAGAUAUUUGGAACACGUUCAGUGCAAGAUUUCACUAAGCUUUUUCCCGCGAGGAAAUUUGCGAAUACUGCUGACGUCACCGAUGGGCACGACGUCCACUCUUCUAUUCGAGCGCACACACGAUGCCACGAGCUCCAACUUCGAUGACUGGCCGUUCCUCAGCGUACACUUCUGGGGCGAGAGUGCCGAGGGCCGAUGGACCUUGCAAAUUUUAAACGCCGGAAAUAAUCACGUAACUCAGCCGGGGGUUCUAAAAAAAUGGCAACUUAUAUUUUACGGCACAGCCAUCAACCCUAUUAGGAUAAGAAAUAAAACUUAUUAUAACACUCAAAAUGUAUAUCAAGAGGAGAAAGCGUAUCAUAUAAAUGAUGUUUACGACGCUUCCGAGUAUUCUCAAUUUCUCAAUGAAAUAGAACUCGGAGGUUCCGACAGGCGCAUUAACCCGAAGAAUAUUCCCUCCGCGCAGAGGAAAAAUGUGUUGGCUGACGCUAAUGAUAAACAAGUUCAAAGGCUUUGUGACCCGGAAUGUGAUUCGCAGGGGUGCUACGGGAAGGGGCCGACGCAGUGUGUCGCAUGCAAACAUUACCGUUUGGAUAAUUCCUGUGUGUCUAGAUGUCCGCCGCGUAGUUUUGUUAACCAAGGGGGGGUGUGUUGGCCGUGCCACGAGUCGUGUGAGACGUGCGCGGGGGCGGGACAAGACUCUUGCUUGACGUGCGCGCCGGCUCACCUGCUGGUGGUGGAUCUAGCAGUGUGUCUGCAGCAGUGCCCUGACGGCUACUACGAAGACCCUGACGCCAACGCAUGCUUCCCGUGCGCAGAACACUGCGACACGUGCACGGACAAGGCGGACCAGUGCGCGUCAUGCGCUCACAGCUAUGUCUUAUACAACGGGUCGUGCCUGGCGUCGUGCCCGCCCGGCACGCACCGGGACGGGCUGGCGUGCGCGCCGUGCGCCUCGGGCUGCGAGACCUGCGCGGGCCCGGGCGCCGCGCAGUGCGUGUCGUGCCCGCCCGGGAACUACGCACUAAAUGGAAGAUGCUACGCCAAAUGCCCCGUCAAAUACUACGCUGACCCACAAAAAAAGGAGUGCUCACAGUGUCCAAUCGGUUGUUCAAUUUGUACGAGUGCCAUUUGUUCUGUUUGCCAAGAUAAAUGGAUUCUUAGUAAGGGCGGGAGCUGUAUCCCGGACGGCAACGAGAAAUGCGACACCAACGAAUAUCACGAAGGAGGUCGAUGUAAAAACUGUCACUCGACAUGUGAGAAAUGUGGCGGGCCAAACGAAUGGGAUUGCCUGACUUGCGGCAGUCCUCUUCUACUACUGGGGUCGAGGUGUGUGGCGGAGUGCGGGCCGGGCUCGUACCAGACGGCGGGGCGGUGCGCGCGCUGCCCGCACGCGUGCACGGCGUGCGUGUCGCGGCUGAACUGCACGGCGUGCGGCGGCGCGCUGCGGCUGCAGUCGGGCACGUGCCGCGUGGCGUGCGCGCCCGGCUACUACCCGGACGAGGGCACGUGCUCCAAGUGCUACCUGUCGUGCGAGACGUGCACGGGCCCGCGGCGCGACCAGUGCGCGUCGUGCCCGCCCGGCUGGCGGCUGGCGGCGGGCGAGUGCCGGCCGGAGUGCCCGCAGAACUUCUUCCCGUGGGAGAGCAGCUGCCGGCGCUGCCACCACUACUGCCAGGACUGCCGCGGCGCCGGCCCCCAGCGCUGCACGGCGUGCCCCCCGCACUUCGCGCUGGACGGCGGGCUGUGCGUGGAGUGCCUCAGCUCGCAGUACUACGAGCCGCGCGGCCGCAGCUGCCGUCCGUGCCACGACUCCUGCCGCUCCUGCUCCGGCCCCGGACCCACUAACUGCGUCACCUGCGCACACCCGCUGCGCUUGGAUAGAGUGAACCACAAGUGCCUGCCUUGCUGCACGGAGGGGAUGGUCUCAUUUUAUCUGAGCAACAACCAGACUACGGACUGCUGUCACUGCGACAAAGAAAUCGGUGGCUGCUUGAACGGCACAUCUGCGGGGAAGAGGCGUAUUUCAGAAAGCCUCGGGUCGCAUAUUACGGCGUCGUUUUUCGUGGAUGAAUCGAAGGUCCCAUCGGAUGUUUGGGGGCGGAAUAUUGCGCUGUGGGGCGCGGGCGCGGCGCUGCUGGCACUCGCUACGAUCGCCGUCGUCGUGCGGCUGAAAGUGAGAAAACGAAAACGACGCAGCGUAUUUCCGAAAACCCAAUACUCCCAAUUGACUUCGGUCGACGAAGAUUUGGUCACAUUAUUAGCUCCUAGUACGUCACUCAAAAUGACACCUAAUUCCAAUAUAAAUACAGACGAUGACAGUAUAUACCCGCCUGGAAAACUCGAGGAACCCACUUAGCAAUGUGAUCUGAACCAUACGUCAAUAUGCAUAGAAUAAGUAUUUACACGGCAGACUGAUAUGUAGAAAAAUUCAUUAUACAAUUUAAAAUGUAUAUACUUACUACCUACUUACCUAAACAUUAGCAGUUCUGGAUAUGCUGCGGUCAAAAUAUAAUUAUUUUAUUAGAUAUCCCGAUAAAUUAUGCAUUAUUAUACUUUGGAAAUUGGAUAGAAAUUACGGUUUUAUUAUUAUUUUUAAUAUAUUAAAAUGUAACUAAAUUUUCGUUAACAGUAAACAAAUUUAAAGAUAUAUGAAUAAAUUACACGAGACGUGUAUUUGAAGUUGUAUUUUAUUUAUUUAUUUCAGUCGAAAGAUAAAAGGACCAGUGUUAAAUGUUUUAAGGGACCUACUAGAUUUUAAACUUUUCUUGUUGUCAUUCCUUACAUCUAUGUAUUUAUCGUUAAAAUGUUUCUGUUAGCUGGUGUUUCACAGUUUAGAUUUUAAAUAAAAAUAACAUAUCUGAAUAUAUUUAAACAAAACAUACACGAUAUUUGCCUGAUUUCUCUGUAGUAUGUAAAUGAUUUGUUGUUUAUUAUAAUCUCUUGUGAAGACCGCGAAAUGUAAAUACGCUAUGCGAUAAUCAACUUGAAAAUUGUCUUUGUGUAAAUAUUGUAAAAAGUUGUGUAAAUAUAUUGAUGGUUUUUAUGAUGGA